AUGGUUGUUGAUGCUGAAUCCUCCUCCUCAACAAGGCUUCUUCAUUCAUGUGGGGUUUCCAAUAGUUUUGCUUUUAUGAGGUUAUUACAAAAAGCUCAUCACUUCUCUUCUUUCUCCGAGGACAACAACAACAACAACAGCAAGAAAGACAUUCGCUUAGGAUCUGAUCAUUACCAAGUUUGUAGGAAAGAUUGUAGUUUCAUGGCCGAUCAAGAAGAACCGAGAAGUACUACUUCUAGGUUAAGUUCCAAGGAUGACCACGACAACAACAACAAUAACAAUAAUAAUGAUAAUAAUACCAAGAAUGAAGCCGAAGAUCAUGAGAUGAGACAAGAAGGAUGGCUCCGGUUAAGCACAGGCCACGAGGAUGAUGUUAAACCGGAUCUUGACAAUAAACAUCAAACCAAUCAAACGGCUGGGAGAGACUCUUUUCUAGAGCUUAACCUUUACUCUGGCGGUUCAAAUAGAGAAGAAAGAGUUGAUGUUCCAUUAAUGUCAUCUAUCUUUCAUCAUCAGCAUGAACCAGGAGGGAUGAUGAUUAAUCCAUUAAUGUUCCCUACCAGGCCUGAUCAGGAGACGAUUGGUUCUUGGGCGGCUGCUGCGUUUAGAACGCCUUUUGUCCCACAAAACCUAGUGCAACCAUCAUCGUCAUCUACCUCUUUGAUGAUGCCAUUCAUAGGACCUUACUUUGGUCGCUCCAAUUUUCAGCACCAGUUAAUAGGGAACAAUAAUAAUAAUAAUCCGGAUGUGGUGGCUGGUCCAAGCUCGAGUUUUCGAGUCAUCGAUCCUCCCAGGCGAUCCUAUUCGGGCAUUUGGUUCCUCCUUCAAGCUUCUCAAAACCAGACAAGAGAACCAUUCUUGCCUCAGAUACCCAAGAGCUACUUGAGAAUCAAGGACGGGAAGAUGACUGUUCGAGUAUUGAUGAAAUAUUUGGUGAGCAAGUUGAGAUUGGAGCACGAAUCCCAGCAGGUAGAGAUAAGAUGCAGAGGGCAAGAACUGGAGCCAGUGUUGACACUACAACACGUGAGAGAUACAAUCUGGAGAGGAAGCAGAGACAAUUCUUCUGUUUCACAAAACCUUAUUACUUUGCUUCCAAACUCAUCUACCUCUGAUCAUCUCAUGGUCCUUCAUUAUGGUAGGACUCUUUCUUAAUUAUCAUAUAUAUAUUCCUAUAAUAUUUUCUCCAUUUUAUUUAUUUUUAACACCAUAUUAUUCUCAAUAAAAACAACUGCCCACCCUUUCUUCUUUUAACUCAACACCUUCAAUUGUCUUCUUCCCUCUCUUUUUUUUGGCGGGUGGUUUUGAUUAUUUAUAUCUCCUUGAGGCCUUUUUUUGUGCGAUUUGUCGAAUGAUCUAUCAAGAACAAAUGAGUAUCUAAUUCAGUAGGAGUAUGCAUGCCCCUGAUUGAUGUUUUUAUUGAUGUAUCUUCUGGGGCUGCGAGUAACAUUAACGCAUGAAAAAGAUGUAUUCCAUAUUUAUAAGCAUUAUUUUUCAUCCUAUUAUUACUUACUGUUACGUGCUAUA